AUGCAGCCUCCAGAGAGUGCGCAGAUCGACCUGGGUAAGGCCCAGGUCAUUGAUCGAGUUCCCAAAGUUAUCAAAGAACUGAAAUUCGGCGUUUUAACAAACGAUGAUAUUGCCGGCCAGGCCGUAGUUGAAGUUUCGGACCGGAAAUUUUUCGACCUUGAACAUGACCGCGCAGUCGUUUCCCAUGGCCCGCUCGACGCGCGCAUGGGUAUCUCAAACAAGACCGCAACGUGCAAGACCUGUGGACACCACUUGAAAGAAUGCAACGGUCAUUUCGGCCAUGUGAGACUGGUUCUACCAGCUUUCCACGUUGGCUACUUCAAGCGCGUCAUUGGCAUUCUCCAGGAAGUCUGCAAGGAGUGCUCACGCAUCCUUCUUCCCGAGUCGGAGCGCCGUGCCUUCCUGCGUGAAAUGCGACGCCCAGGUCUGGAUAACCUGCGGCGCAUGCAGAUUGCGAAGCGUAUCAACGAACGUUGCCGGAAAACCCGAGAAUGCGAGUACUGUCAUGCGAUUAACGGUGUGGUGAAAAAGGUGGGAUCAAGUGCACUGAAAAUCACCCAUGAUAAAUUUCGAGCAUUCAACAGCUCCACAUCUGUCAAAAAGCAGCCUCCGAUCAGUAAGACUGUGUUCGAUGACUCCUUUACUGAAGCGCGGAAUGCCAAUUCGGAAAUCGAGAAACAUUUCAAGAAAGCUCAGGAUGACAUGAAUGCCUUGCGUGUGCUGAAGCUGUUUAAGAAGAUUUCUAACAGCGAUUUUCAUCCCGGCCCCCCUGUUUGUAUCCGUCCGUCUGUGGGUCAGGAGGGCGCUUCCACCGAAGAUGAUCUGACAGCGAAACUGGGCGAUAUCGUUCAGAGUAACAUUAACCUCAAAAACGCUUUGCUGAAGGGUGCCCCAGUGCAGACAAUUAUGGAAUGUUGGGACUAUAUGCAGCUCCAGAUUGCGGUCUAUAUCAACAGUGACGUGCCGGGUCUUAAUAAGGCAGAUCUCGGAAAGCCGAUUCGUGGAUUUGUUCAACGACUCAAGGGAAAGCAGGGUCGAUUCCGUGGUAACCUUUCAGGAAAACGUGUGGACUUCUCUGGGCGUACGGUCAUUUCGCCUGACCCGAACUUGCGAGUUGACGAGGUUGCUGUCCCGGAGCUGGUAGCCAAAAACAUGACAUACCCCGAAGUUGUGACUCGAUACAAUAAGGAGAAGCUACAACAGUGUGUUCGAAAUGGCACCAAGAAAUGGCCGGGUGCAAAUUAUCUUGUGAAAAAGGAUUCCAACUUUAGGAUGAUGCUCAAGUACGGUAACCUUCAGCAUGUUGCUAAUGAGCUGCAAGAAGGCGAUACUGUCGAGCGUCACAUUGAAGAUGGUGAUAUUGUACUUUUUAAUCGACAGCCAUCUCUCCACAAACUGAGUAUUUUGUCGCACUUUGCAAAAGUUCGACCCCAUCGAACUUUCCGGCUGAAUGAAUGUGUCUGCAACCCUUACAAUGCCGAUUUUGACGGAGACGAGAUGAACUUGCACGUCCCUCAAACAGAGGAGGCCAGAGCAGAGGCGAUGGAGCUGAUGGGUGUGAAGAACAACUUAGCCACGCCCAAGAACGGCGAGCCCAUCAUUUCUUCUAUUCAAGAUUUCAUCAGUGCUGCUUACAUACUGAGUAGCAAAGAUAACUUCUUUGACCGCCGCUCAUUCACCCAAAUUUGCCUCUACAUGCUAGGCCCUGAAACACGCUUUGAUCUUCCGCCGCCGUCCGUCCUCAAGCCACAGAUGCUCUGGACUGGAAAGCAGGUGUUCAACAUUCUGAUGCAUCCCAAUAAAGAUGAUCCUGUUCUUGUCAACCUUGAUGCUGCUUGUCGUGAGUUCAAGCAGCCCAAGGAUGGCAGACCCAAGGAUUUGGAUCCCAAUGAUGGUUGGCUGGUCAUCCGUAACUCCGAAGUGAUGUGCGGUGUCAUGGAUAAGUCCACUAUCGGUUCUGGAAAGAAGGACAAUGUGUUCUACAUUAUGCUUCGAGAUUUUGGUCCACCUGCUGCUGCCGAGGGCAUGAACCGCUUAUCCAAGCUGUCGGCCCGUUGGUUCACCAACAUUGGCUUUUCUAUCGGUAUUACCGAUGUUUACCCCAGCGAGAGACUUAUUGCUUCGAAGAAUCAUCUGGUGGAGACAGCCUACGCUGCCUGCGAUGAAGUCAUUGCUAAAUACAAAGCCGGUACGCUGGAGAAGUAUCCUGGUUGUGACGAGCUGCAGACCAUGGAGAACCAAAUCUCCGGUAUUCUAAGUAAGGUUCGUCAGCAAGCUGGUGAUGAAUGUAUCGCGCAGCUCAGCAAAUACAAUUCUCCCCUGAUCAUGGCCACAUCCGGAUCCAAAGGUUCCAGCAUCAACGUCUCCCAGAUGGUUGCGCUUGUGGGUCAGCAAAUUAUUGGUGGUCAACGUGUUCAGGAUGGUUUCCAGGACCGUACCUUGCCUCAUUUCCCAAAGAAUGCCCGGCAGCCCCCCUCCAAGGGUUUCGUUCGGAACAGUUUCUUCUCGGGUCUCAAACCUUUCGAGUUCAUUUUCCACGCCAUGUCCGGUCGUGAAGGUCUGGUCGACACCGCUGUCAAGACUGCCGAAACUGGUUACAUGUCUCGCCGGUUGAUGAAGUCGCUUGAAGAUCUUUCUACUCGGUAUGACGAUACUGUUCGGAACUCUUCCGCUGCUAUUGUUCAGUUCCAAUAUGGUGAUGACAAGCUGGAUCCCGUCGAUAUGGAGGGCAAGGCCAAGCCUGUCCAUUUCGAUCGUACCUUCAUUCACUCCGAGUCCACCACCUACAACAAUGACGAACCAAGCUUGCUGCCACAGGAGAUCAUGGAAGUCUGUGGUGAGAUGCUGGAAAAGGAACGCGAGAAGUUGACUCGUAAGGAUCUGCUCGGCAAUGAGCUGGGAUACAUGGAUCGCAGCGACCACGGAAUUGAUCAGUUCGAAAGUGCCCGCGAUUUCCUUGACUCCAUUGAGCAAUAUGUUCAAACGAAGGCUGACAGGCUGAGCUACCGUGGUGGUGAUAUUGAUCCUUCUGACGAGCGAAGCCGGAAAGGCUUGGAUCAUACCGGAAAGUUGACUGAGAAGACCCUCCGGGCCUUCAUCGCCGCUUGCUUGCUCAAAUACAAGAGAGCGCAGGUCGAACCCGGUCAUGCUGUGGGUGCCGUUGGUGCCCAGUCCAUUGGUGAGCCUGGUACACAAAUGACCUUGAAGACUUUCCAUUUCGCUGGUGUCGCCGGUAUGAGUAUCACCCAAGGUGUGCCACGUAUCAAGGAAAUUAUCAACGCCUCCAAGGAGAUCAGUACUCCCGUCAUCUCAUGCGAGCUGGUCACGAAGGAUUCCGUUCCUGCCGCUCGCAUUGUAAAGGGCCGUGUCGAAAAGACAUACUUGCGUGAUGUGAUGCGCUCAAUCACUGAAUGCUGGAAUGAUCAUGAGGCCUAUAUCAGUGUCAAGAUCAACUGGAAGACGAUCAUCGAUAUGCAACUUGAGAUCAAAAUGCCACAGAUUCUUCAGGCCAUCAAGACUCACAAGCGCUUCAAGGCUGAUGACCUGAAAUUCCGAGCUGACCGCAACCAUGUCUACCUGGUUAUUGAUCUAGAUCCGGUGAGCAAGCAGGGCCUAUCGAAGACAGAGAUUGCCGCGACGAGCAGCGAUCCCUUCCUGCGCCUCAAGCACCUGAAGCGCAUGCUUCCCGAUAUCCAGAUAUUGGGUCACCCGCAAGCCAGCCGGGCCAUCAUCCGGACGAACGAGACUGGAACAGUCAACACACUACUCGUGGAAGGCUACGGAUUGCGCGAGUGUAUGACAACUACCGGUGUCGACGGUUACCACACCAAGACCAACAAUGUCAUGGAGGCACGCGAGGUCCUUGGCAUCGAAGCCGCACGAAGCACGAUUAUUACGGAAAUCAGUGAGGUCAUGAAGGAGAUGGACAUCGAUCCCCGUCACAUGCAGCUUCUGGCCGAUGUGAUGACAUACAAGGGUGAAGUGCUCGGUAUCACCCGAUUCGGUCUGGCGAAGAUGCGAGACUCGGUCCUUCAGCUGGCUUCGUUCGAGAAGACUGCAGACCACCUCUUUGAUGCCGGUGGUGCCGGCCGCACUGAUCUAAUCGAGGGUGUUUCGGAAUGUAUUAUUAUGGGCAAGACGGUUGGGCUGGGAACGGGCGCGAUGGAAGUUGUGCGCAAAUUGAACUUCUACCAGGGCCAGAUCGGCCCUAAGAAGACGGUCUUCGAAGAUGCUUGGACGGAGCUCUGUGAAGCACCACCGACCAGAGGCAAGAGACGAGUCCAGUAG